AUGGUGCAACCUGAUCAACGAACUUCUAAUUCUUACGUAGUUAAACGAGAUGGACGACAUGAGGCUGUCUCUUUUGAUAAAAUUGCUCGCCGUAUUAUGAAAUUGUGUUAUGGCUUAAGCCAAGAUCGAGUGGAUCAUAUUGAAAUAUCGCAAAAAGUCAUUGCUGGUCUUUACAAAGGUGUAACAACUGUUGAAUUGGAUAAUUUGGCUGCGGAAAUUGCAGCUGACAUGAUAACUAAACAUCCAGACUAUGCAACUUUGGCGUCUAGAAUUACUGUCUCUAAUUUGCAUAAGAAAACUGAAAAGUCAUUUUCAAAACUCUCCAGAAGAUUGUACAAUGCUACACAUCCAAAAUCUGGUCGACAUAUGCCAUUGAUUAGCAAAGAAUUAUUCGAUAUUAUCCAAAAUAAUGCAAAUCUUCUUGAUUCAGCAAUAGUUCAUGAACGUGACUAUUUAUACACCUACUUUGGAUUAAAGACGUUAGAACGUUCUUACCUUCUUCAAAUCAACGGAGAAUUAGCUGAACGUCCACAGCAUAUGUUAAUGAGGGUUGCGCUUGGAAUUCAUGGUGAAGACAUUGAAGCUGCUCUUGAGACUUACAAUUUGAUGUCCGAAAGAUGGUUUACACAUGCAACACCAACACUUUUUAACAGCGGUACCUGUACACCACAAAUGAGUUCAUGCUUCCUGUUGACGAUGUUUGAGGAUAGUAUUGAAGGUAUAUUCGAAACGUUAAAGAAGUGUGCAUUGAUUUCAAAAAGUGCAGGUGGUAUCGGUUUAAAUGUACACUGCAUACGUGCCUCUGGCUCGGCAAUUGCUGGAACAAAUGGUGUUUCAAAUGGUCUGGUACCUAUGCUUCGUGUCUUCAAUAAUGCAGCACGGUACGUCGAUCAGGGUGGAAAUAAGAGACCAGGUGCAUUUGCUGUCUAUUUGGAACCGUGGCAUGCAGAUAUUUUCGACUUUCUAGAACUCAGAAAGAAUGUAGGUGAUGAACUUGAACGUUGUCGUGAUUUGUUCUUCGGUUUAUGGGUGCCGGAUCUUUUCAUGGAGCGUGUACGUGACGACAAAAUAUGGUCACUAAUGUGUCCUGCUGAAUGUCCUGGCUUGGAAGAUUCGUGGGGCGAGGCAUUCGAGAAACUGUACACACAGUAUGAAGAAGAAGGUCGGUACAGAAAGCAAGUUCCUGCCAGAAAACUAUGGGAAACAAUCGUUUUUACGCAAAUAGAAACUGGCAUGCCAUAUAUGGUUUAUAAGGAUACGUGCAAUCGAAAAACUAACCAACAAAACUUGGGUACCAUCAAAUGCUCUAAUUUGUGUACGGAAGUAGUUCUAUAUUCGUCUCGUGAAGAGAUUGCUGUGUGUAAUUUGGCAUCUAUUGCUCUUGGGCGUUUUGUUACAUCAGAGAUGAAAUAUGACUUCAAAAUGUUGCAUGAGGUUACAAAAGUGGUAGUUAAGAAUUUGAAUAAGGUCAUUGAUCGCAAUUAUUAUCCAAUACCAGAAGCAGAACGAUCUAAUAAGAGACAUCGUCCGAUUGGCAUUGGUGUUCAAGGCUUAGCUGAUGCUUUCAUCCUUAUGCGAUAUCCAUUUACUAGUGAGAAAGCUCGCGAUCUUAAUAAGCGAAUUUUUGAAACGAUAUAUUAUGCAGCACUUGAAGCCUCUUGUGAUCUUGCGAAGGAACAAGGUCCAUAUGAAAGCUAUGAAGGUUCACCUAUCAGUAAAGGAAUUUUGCAAUUUGAUAUGUGGGGUGUAACGCCAACAGAUCAGUGUGAUUGGGGGACUUUACGUGAGAAGAUUGCAAAGUUCGGCAUCAGAAAUAGUGUGUUAUUGUCACCAAUGCCUACUGCUUCAACCGCGCAGAUACUUGGCAAUAAUGAAAGCAUUGAGCCUUAUACGAGCAAUGUAUACACCCGUAAUGUCUUAUCUGGAAGUUUUCAGAUAUUCAAUAUGCACCUUAUGAAUGAUCUCAUGCAUCUUGACUUAUGGGAUGAUGAUAUGAAAUUAGAAAUAAUUAAAAACAAGGGGUCGAUUCAAAAUAUUGAACGCAUUCCGCAAGAAAUCCGAGAUCUUUACAGGACAGUUUGGGAAAUGUCGCAACGAGACAUUAUUGAUAUGGCUGCUGACCGUGGUGCGUUUAUCGACCAAUCGCAGUCGUUAAAUAUAUUCAUUGCACGCCCCAAUUAUGGCAAUAUUACCAGCAUGCACUUCUACGGAUGGCAAAAAGGCUUGAAAACUGGAAUGUAUUACUUGCGCACGAGACCAGCAGUUGAUGCAGUACAGUUCACUGUUGACAAAACUCGUUUGAAAGAAUAUGAUAGCGUUAAUGGAGAUAAGAAUUCUAAAUCAUCAUCCAGUUCUAUUCCUGCUACUACCAGUGAAUUGGCAACAAAAGUUAUGGAGUGUACGGUGAGCAAUGGAGAUGAAUGUUUAAUGUGCAGUAGCUAA